AGUCUCUCAGUAUUGCUCUGUGUAGUUCCUGCCUCUAUGAAACCACUCCUUCCAAAAAGCACAUUGUGCUCGGCUGGACCAGUACUGUUUCAGUAAUGUCACGCCCCUUACCAUAACUAUGAGUUUCAACAAACUACUAAUGCAACUCAACCAGGCCUCAUCCCUUUUUUGUUUACGCAUGCCUUGGGUGGGAAUUAUUAUUAAUAUUGUGACAUGUUGUUCCUGGAAGAAGACUCAAGACUACAGUCGAAAUGUUUCAGGGAGUUCAGAAACAGUGCGCACUGACAGAGAAGAACUCAUUUUGGAGUGACUUUUUGCCUUGUAACUUUGCAAACCUUUUUCAUGCUUAAACAGCAACAUUACACACUAAAGAAAGUUAAAAAAAAAAUAAAAAAGCACAAUAGGACACCUUUAAACCAAUUUCUAUGAAUUCCACAGAUUCUCCCCUCACAAUCAGCAAAGAAAAUAUAAAAAAACAGGCAUAUUUUCUAUGGACCUACUAUGUUUUGUUGCUGUUGUUGUUAACAAGUUGUUGAAUGUGUUAUCUUUGUGUCUUUCCUUAGACAGUGAGACAAUAAAAGCUGUACAAGUGACACAGUUGGACAGAGACACAGUUUUAAUUGCACUGGAAAAAACAGUGAAGAUUGUCGAUAUGCAGGGUGUUCCCAGCAAGGAGUUAGUAUCCGAACUGGAUUUUGACUUCCCUAUCGAGACUUUAGUUUGUUUAGAAGAAAGUGUUUUAGCUUUCUGGAAACAUGGGCUUAAAGGACAGAGUCUGCACAACUGUGAGAUAACACAGGAAAUCACAGAUGAAAGCAGAGUGUUCAAAGUUUUAGGCACGCACAGAGACAUCGUUUUACAAAGCACCCCAACUGAAAACCCCUCAGCCACUAGCAAUUUAUACCUUUUGACCGGUCAUGAGAGCAGCUACUGAGGAAAACCAGUGGACAGAACCUGUAAAGAACAUGCAUCACAAAGAGAUGUCAAAGUGCAUGUUAAUAUAGAGACUUUAAGAACUUUGCUUCUGCUUAAUGUGUGUUCAAACACACACCUUCAGUCGAUCUCACUGGUACAUAUUGUGAGGAUACAGAAAGGAACGCCCAAUGUCCUGGUUCUUUUGUUUGUCCCUCUAAAGGUGUUUUUGUCAUUGUUGUCCAUGAACUCUGAAAUUACCUGAAUUAAACAACUGUAUUUAAAUUAAAAAGAUCAUGUGAUAAUUUUGUGAUGAAAGGAUUGUAAUAACUACUAAUAAACUGAUACAGUGAAACGAA